CGAACGGCUAAGAUGAGCGCAUUCGCUGUUAGGUGUUAAAUACCUUGAGUUUUAAUAGAUAAACUGCUAGUGGCGAUUCCACGGGGUGAACCCGUAUCGCACGGCUCGGCAGUAUGUGACGCACGUCUAAGACGUCUUAAACCGCCCUCGCUUAAAAUAUACACCCAGCCGAGCCUAACGUCACUGAACGAACGAGCUAUCUCCAACAAGACAUCUUCACGGCAAACUGGUAGGUAGAGCUGUGAUGCGGAAAACUAAAAUACCAGUGGUUCUAUAGACUCGUCUGUCCAUCCAUCCGUCCGUCCGUUCGUCCGCCUGUCUGUCCGAACGUCCGUUUGUUGUAGUCUGGCUUGUUGGAGGGAUUCACGGAAAGACACUGUAGUGUGAAGAUACAGGAAUAACCGUAGUAUCAGGUGAGAAUGGGGCACCCGGCAUGUUCGGGACCUGCCUGAACGCUUAAAAAAAAAAAUCAGGUGAGAAGAUGACCUGACAUUAAUAUAACAGAGUUAUGGGAGGGAGGAAAGAGGAUUCUGCCCGGAUUAAAGAGCCGAGACGUCCGCUGUCCGUUAUUGAGGAGUCGGCACGCCACGACACGCUUCUGCAGGAGGUUCCCUCAUCUCACAGACGAAAGAGUUCCUGGGGACUGAGAAACGACUUCGUCUUGGGAGACAGCGAGUUGUCGGACUUGGCCAUUCUGAAGCAGACGACAGCUCGGUUGAAUCUGAGCACGCGCAGACCCAGUUUCGUGGCGUGGCGAGCACAGUGUGUGGAGGCGGCGGAAAACCACGCCCUCCCUAAACCACAGCUCGGCAUGGAUGGGGGAGACAGGCUGACCAGUGAGAGAAAGGAACGUAUCGACAGCGCCCUUGAGUGGCUGAGGAAUGAACUGCACGAGAUGCGCAGUCAGGACCAGGCACUAGCCCGCCAGUUGCUGACGAUCCGCCAUGACAUCCACCAGCUCAAACUGCGGCGCAUGAGUCAGGAACACCGGGAGUUGCUGGACGACGUCCAAUCAGAGCUCGAGGAGCUCGGGGAGCUGCCAGAUGUGCUCGAUCUUCCGGUCGACCUCCUCAGUGACAAUCCGCUCAAACAGAUCGGCGUGACGCGCAUGAAUCUGAGCACAAGGAGGUUCUCCACGUGCUAGUGGCGACAAGGACAGCAUUCGGGGCUGGGCAUCUGUCUGAGACACAUUCACCGCAGAGGAUGUGCCCAAGACAGUCGUGUUUGAACCUUAAUUGGAUGUAAGCAUCAGUCGAAUGGUCGAUUGGUUGAUUGAAUGAUUGAUGACAAGGACCCUCCUUUCUUGGACACAUCCACAGGAUCCUCAGAGGAUGAGCCCAAGACAGUCGUGCUUGAACCUUUAGUGGAUAGAAGCACGAGGAAAAUGUUUGGUUCAUUAAAAGGAAAUCAUUCUGGUCUGAGUUCGGCUAAACCGAGCAGAAAAAAAUGUCCGCUAGACUGGUUUAUGCGCUUCACAGUAAACCAAAUGGCAACGUUGGGAACCAAUCAAAUAGCGUAAAAGGGUUGAUUGAUUGAUUGAUUGCUUGAUUGAUUGCUUGUUGAUUGAGUGGUUAAUUGAUUGAAUGGUUGACAAGCCAUAGUGGUAUAUGAGCAUGUAAAUAAAUAUUGGAAUGGUUGACAAGGACAACUGCCCACCUAGCUGAGCCGUGUGUUCAUGACAGCGUGCUUGAACCUUUACUGGAUAUAUGCAUGGACAUAAAUUGAGACAAAGAAACAAUAUCCUACCAUUCCAGUAGCGUGUUCAGAAGGCCGAGCGCUCGCGAUCUAUUUGACUGGUACCAUCGUCUUUUAUUAUGUCAAAUUCAAUUAACAUAAGGCGCAGAAACCAGUCUAGCGAGCUGACGCGAUCAUUUGUUCUCCUGAACAUGCCUUAUGUCCAUCAGGAACAUUGGAUUUGUGUUUUUUCCAGUGUUUUUUCCAAGUGAGCAUUGCAGAUCUAUGUUAUACAGUGAUGCACAGAUAUUCACGAAAGAUUGGUAAUUUGUUCAUAUUAACCAGGUUUUUGUGAAGAUCAUUAUGAGCGAAAGGGACGCUAACAUAUACAUAUUAAAUGAGAAUAUAGCCUAAUUUUACAAAUAUACGUAUUAGAUGAGGAUAUAUUCUAUAUAUUACUUUCACUGGAACUGUAUACUGUGGUGAAUUAUUUUAAACAAGCCUGAUUUUUUAAUGAGGCUAAAUCUAGUCUGGAACGUUUAACAUAAACUAAACACUAUUAACAAAUAUACGAAGUGAUUGUAGUUUGUGUUUGUGAGGUUCGCCAAAAUACAAGAUAAAUUGUGUCUUAUGUGACUGAAACAUUGUGAAAUGACGUACUAAAAAGUGGAAAUGUCUAAAAAUUCAUGAGAUACACAAUACAAGGGAGACUAUCCAAAUGAUACGAACAAUGUUGAUGUAUGUGCCAAAUUUAAUUUUCAACAACCACACUUAACGUAAGGUGAAGUAAAUUCGGAUAUUACUUGGUUGAUUUACUUGCAAAAUGUUUAAAUAAAAUCUCUCAACUUUG